UCUCGAAACCACAACCAAACGUCGGCUUUGUUGCAGAAAGCUAUUCGUACCUUCACUCUCAGUCACCCAACACAUUUCAUAUCUACAAAUCUACUAUAACCAACCACCAUGGCAAAGUCGUCCUCCGACUUAACGGGUGCUUCUACCUUUGGUAAGAAAGAGCUCUUGCCCAAUGUUGUAGAUGAAAUUGCUGCGAAGGAGCCAGAAGCUAUCUUCGCUGAGUAUCCUAUCCACCCGACCAGUUACGAUUCCGGUUACCAAAAAUUCUCCUAUGGCACGUUCGCAAAUGCCAUCAACGGUAUAGCUUGGUGGCUCCAAGAAAAACUGGGCCCUGCUAAAGACUUCCCUGCCUUGGCCUAUAUCGGUCCUAACGAUAUACUCGUCAAUGCUUUCUUGCUGGGAGCUGUCAAGGCUGGGUACAAGGUGUGUACCCCGUUGCCCCAGAAUCAUAUUUCUUAUCAAACACUAACAUCUGUUGACGUUUUUAAGACACUUCUCACAUCACCAAGAAAUAGCAUUCGUGCACAAGAGAAUCUAUUUUCCUUUGCUGAAUGCAAAACUCUGGUUACAGUAAGCCCGCAACCUGCCCAGCUUCAGCCUGUGAUAAAUGCUCUCUCUUCGAUGGGCAUUCAGGUCCUGGAGUUACCUAACAUCUUGGAAUUGACCGAAAAACAUCACCCCCAUUUUCCGUUUGAAAAGACGUUUGAGGCUACCAAAAAUGAACCAUUCGCUAUCCUACACACUUCUGGAACCACAGAGCUACCCAAGCCUAUCGUGUGGAGUCACGAUUACAUUGCUACAUCCAUCCAGCGGCUCGAAGCUCCUGCUGGCUAUAUUAAUCAAGCGGACCUAUACGCUGGGUAUGAUUUAAUUACAGAUUUUGGUCCAUGUCGCCGAGCUAACUCCUAUUCAGUGUCCGCAUCUUCAACACAUUUCCAAAUUUUCAUGUAAGUCACCCUGACAUUAGCAGCAGUAGAUCUUACUGACCAGAACAGGCAGCGGGUGUUUACUUCGGUUUAGUCAACGCCGUGUGCAACCGGAGUGUUCCCAUAUAUCCUAUAGCUGGCUUCCCUUCGGCUAGUCUUUUAAUUGAUGGUCUGAAGCAUAACAAGGCCGACAUAGCCGUUCUUGUUCCCCCAUACGUUAUCGAUAUUGCCCAAAGUGCAGAAAGUCUCGAUUUCAUUGCUGCAAACCUGAAACGUAUCUUUUACAUGGGAGGCGCUAUCCCACCAGCUGCUGGAGACAUUAUCUCUUCAAGAAUUGAGUUUGAUGGGCACGUUGGAGCUACCGAAACGGGAUUUUACCCUUCCUUGAAGCCAGCUGGGACACGUUCUAUCUACUGGGGUCACCAUCAAUUUGACCCCUCUGCAAACAUAUCCUUCGAACACCAGGCUGAUGACCUUUAUGAAGCAGUCUGGAAUCGAAAUGCUGACCCAGAAAAAGUACAACCCGUCUUCAAAAUCUUUCUAACCCUCCAGAGAUGGGGAUCAAAGGACCUUUACUCACCUCAUCCCACAAUCCCAGGUCUUUGGCUCUACCGUGGCCGCGGAGAUGACAUUAUAGUCUUUCUCACUGGCGAAAAGACAAAUCCUAUUUCCAUGGAACAUAGUCUCAACCAGGAACCUGAGAUCCGCCAAGCAAUGGUAGUCGGAACAUUGAGGUUUCAAGCCGCUCUCUUGAUCGAACUUGUUGAUCAAAAGAUCAUGUCUGCGACAGAAAAGGCGGAAACUAUUGAACGUAUCUGGCCUGCCAUAGAAAAAGCCAAUGCGACAUGUCCCGCACAUGCCCGAAUUGCAAAAUCCCAUAUACUUUUCACAGAGCCAGGACGUCCAAUAUUAAUGUCUGCGAAAGGCACCAUUCAGCGUGCCCCCACGUUGAGAGAGUAUUCUUCUGAGAUAGAAAAAUUAUAUCUGGAUGCUGACAGGAUGUCAGCAUACACUGCAGGAAAUAAUGAUGAGAAUCAAGAACACUUCGACGUGCACAGCACCAACGCAGUUCGUGAUCUUUUACGCCAAGCUGUUCUCAAGGUGACAAAAUGGGAUGAUGUAAGGGUGCAAGAUGAAGAUAAUCUGUUUGUUCAAGGAAUGGACUCUCUGCAAGCCCUGCAACUCAUUCGACAUUUGAGAAAGGCUUUAAAUAAGCACGAUCUUCCAAUCACUAUUUUGUACACCAAUCCUUCCAUUGCACAACUUUCUGAGUCCAUUUUCGCUAUGUCUGAGAAAGACUCGACUACAAAAAUAGAAAAUGCAUCAAACCGCAGCCACAAGAUCCAAGAAAUUCUCCAAAAAUACCACGAAGCUGUUGACGGCAUAUCUACUGAGCAUAAGCUUACAGAAGAGCUUUCCCCGGCUACUGAACACGUGGUCGUCUUGACAGGAUCAACUGGUUCUCUUGGUUCCUAUAUCCUUCGGACAUUGUUGCAAAAUGAAUCUGUGUCACAUGUAUACUGCUUAGAUCGCACAUCCGAUUCACAUUCUCGCCAUCUGAAGAAGAACGAAAAAGACAACAAAGUAAUGGACUUUCCAGCUUCUAAAGUUACAUUCCUCAACACAGAUCUCGCUAAAUCCGGCCUGGGCCUUGACGACGAAACAUACAAACGCAUUCAAGGUUCAGUCACGGAUGUCAUUCACAGUGCUUGGCCAGUAAAUUUUAACCUCUCUCUCGAUACAUUUACACCACAACUUGAGGGAAUAGUCAAUCUUCUGUCAUUUGUCUCUGCAGUUCCACACCAUAUCUCCCUCCUAUUCAUAUCGUCUAUCAGUUCGAUCUUGGGUCUUGAUUCACCAAUAGUGCCAGAGAAGAUUAUCGACGAUAUAUCGGCACCUCUUCCAAUGGGCUACGCAGAGAGCAAGUUUAUCUCCGAACUUAUUCUUGAUUAUGCUUCCAGGAAGAUGUCAAAUGUCGAUUUCAAGGUUGCUCGUGUAGGUCAGAUAGCCGGACCAGCUCAUACAUCCGGUAUAUGGAAUAAAUCCGAAUGGAUGCCCAGUCUAGUAAUCACUUCAUUCCAUAUGGGUUUCAUACCAGAAAACCUCGGUAGCGAUAAGAUGAAACUAGAUUGGGUGCCAAUUGAUAUACUUUCCUCUUCAUUGGUAGAUAUCACAUUCCAUAACGAUUCCAAAACCUCAGAUUCUGGCGCCAGAGUAUUUCAUCCAUUGAACCAGACUCCAACGACUUGGAAUAUUUUACUCCCUAUUAUUCUGAAAACAUUGAAUGCCUCGAAUCCGGAUACUCAUGCCGCUAUCACAGCAAUUCCAUACGCAGCUUGGCUUCAGAAGCUCAGAGAUACAGCAAGAGAGUGUGCCCUCUCCAAAAGUAUGGAUCUUGCAGAAAUACUCGAAAAAUAUCCUGCUGUUAAGUUGCUAGAGUUUUUCGAGACUCUACCGGAGACUAAGUGGUCUGAUAAAGAAGUAAGUCAGGCACUCAAAGCUAGCUCACAUUUGGCGAAUCUUUCGGGUAUUGAGUGGGCUUGGAUGGAAAAAUGGGUCAAAGGAUGGAUUUAGGGAUUAGGAUUGGGCUUGGGCUUGGUCAGAAAUGACGCACAUUUGGAUGGGGAAGUUAUGGGAGAGCUAGAUGCAGUUUUUUUGAUGCGAUUCAAUGCUAAUAAAUCUAUUAUUUCUUUGCAAAUUUGUAAGUUUCCCGUCGUUGCAAUGAUUAAAGUCAUGCGUACCUUAAAA